CGCUCAUUGACGGCGCCUGAUUCAGCAGCUGGAGUAGCAAUAAAACACAAGGUACACCGGGAGACGACGACGACGACGACGAUGCUCCUCCUCCUCUCUACACAAAAUGGGUAGUACAGCUGUCACUUUUCAAUUUUCCAGCAAUGGAGCCGAAUCCGAGCCUCUGCAAGUACCCGAACAAGCCGUGCAUGAACGCGCGGUCGAGCAAGAAGAACGGGUCGCUGCACAACCUGUGCGAAUACCACCGCGAAAAGGCCAACGCGAUGCAACAGCUCUACGUGCUCAAGCGCAAGUCGCUCGACCAGCGGUCGCCGUCGACGCGGCCCAAAGACGUGCUGGCAUACUGUGAGCUCAUUGAGAAGGCCAAGGUCCUCCAGCGCUCGGCGAGCCUCGACCUCGAGCCCAUAGCCUUUGCUGCGAACGGCGCAACGGAAGAGCUGCCACCGCUCUCCCAGAUCGACUUUGACAUUCUCCUUACGUCCAUGGAACUCACGGAAGACUCGGCCGAGUUUGAAAUGCUCGGGUCGCCGAGUACGUGGUCCUCCCACUAGCCGUCGUCGUCGUCGCUGUCCGUGCCCUUUUUGCUCUAUUCGAUCUCCACGUUUGCUAAUUUAUUCCUGCCCACGUCUGACA